AUGGCGGGUGUAGCCUCCAGUGCACCAUCACCAGAAGGUUGGCAGCUGGCCAAGCCUCUGAUACAGCAAUUGUAUGUUCAGGAAGAUAGACCGCUGAAAGAGGUGCGCGCCUAUCUGGCAGAACACCGCAACUUCCUCGCCACAGAGCGUAUGUUCAAACAGCGGCUGAAGGAAUGGGGCUUCGACCGGAAGAAGGUCAAGGCUGCUGAAUGGCGCUACAUGUUGAGAGUGACUCGGCAGCGAAGAGCCGAGGGCAAAGACUCAGCCUUUCACGUGAAUGGCAAGGUGAUUGUCUGGUCGAACAUUCGAAAGCACUUGAAGCGGAAGAAGAAGACCGAAGACGAAUUUUUGUCAGCUGGACCAGAAGCGGAAGUGGUCGAAGAUGUCAUAUGCUACACACCACCAGGUUCUCCACAUCUGUCUAUGACCUCGACUACGUCGUCGCAGGCAUUGACCGCAGCACAUGGUGAUACCUAUCCCUCCCGAAGCCCAAAUUACAACAUUACUGAAGACUGGCCCGGCUUGUCGUCAAGUUAUUCUUUCAGCCCCGAGUCUGAGCCGAGCAAUUUAUCUCACACAAAUCUCCCGAGUUGCCUUUCACCCUCAGCUUUUAGCGACUGCUCUUCGAUUCCUGAUCCCGAGCUACAAAGCAUCGCGCUGCGACCAAUCAUCAUCAAAACCUUGCCACCAUUAGAUGAAGCAGCUGCCUUUAGAAUCAGCCGCCUGAUGUCAGGCUCGCACAAUCAAGUCAUACCGAUAGCGAACUCUGAGCAACCUUCUCAGAGGCUGACCGUGAUUCUCAACCAUGAUCGGACUGACGCUAAAUCCGCUCGCAGCUCGUUCUCAGUUCCUGAGGGGAACGUCGUCUUAUGGUCUAGUCCUGACGAGCAAUUAUCUGACGAAGAUAUGGCGUCCAGAUGGGUUGUCUACUACUUUCAGGCAUGCAUUUGCGAGUGCCAGGGCGAUCAUGAAGGCAUGCAAGAGAAUGUGAAAGAGGCCUCAAAGGUAUUUAGAAGCAUGCUCAAGUGCUUGAACACAUACCUGCUUACCGGCCUAACAUUGAUGACAUCAAUUCUCUAUUUUCACGACCAUACUAAGCUUCUACAGCAAUUCUUGGAAAACUCUUGUCAGGUGAUAGAGAAAGUUUUCUCAAGAGACCAUCCCAUCCUUGUGCCUUACCGCUACAUGCUGUUGUCGGUUUCUGGUGAGCAAGGAGAUAAGAGCGCCAUGACCAAUGCACUUGAUCAUGCUCACAAAGCCUUUCAGCUGACUUGGGGCAAAGUUCACUCGAACACGCUCACGGCAUUGUACUAUCAUGGAUGCAGUCUUCUCGAAAGCAAUAGAUUCAAAGAAGCAGAGAAACAGCUACAAGAGUGCUUCCAGUUAUCACAGGAGAACCUUGGGCCCUCCCAUUUUUUGACAGUCUGGACGCUAGCCACCAUCUCGAGAACGCUGUCAACUUCCAACACCGGCAGAGAAGCUGACGCAGUCCGUUAUCUGCAAGCUGCAAUCAGCAGAUGCCGUCGCAUGAUGCACGAAGAGCAUCCGUACUAUCUCGAGCUCAACCGCAACCUUGCCACCAUCCAUCUAAAAUUAAGAAACAUGUCAGAGGUCGAAAAGCUUUAUAGGUUUGUGCUGAAGGGCCGGAUCAAAAUGUUAGGUCUGGGCCGGGAGAUCACCAAGGCUUCGGUGGACGAUCUACAUGACGUCCUCGUGGCGCGGAACAAGCUUCAAGAGGCCAGUCAACUACGGGCAGACAUCAUGGCCAUGGAAGACCGCGGCGAAGGGCAUUCAUCACAUGAGAUUACUUACUGA